GUUAUUUAAGUAGUAAAUUAAUUGGAACUUUUUAUUUACUUUUAUUUUUACAUUCUUUUUUUCGUAAAUUUAAAAUUAAAUUAUUAUUUUUAAUUUUUCACCUUGCUGAAAAAUUACCUUGGGGACAGGCAAAAGGAGUUAGUCCAGUAUCAUUGCAUAAUUCACCAACAGCAACUUUGUGCAAAGAAGCUGGGAUUUGAACGUCUGCUGAAAGAUGUCUAUGAUACUGUGAACUUAAUCCGCCGUCAUGGACUCAACCAUCGACUCUUCACAUCAUUUCUUGAAGAAAUAGAUGCUGAUUAUGCUGACCUGCCCACGUAUACUGAAGUUCGUUGGCUGAGCAAGGCAACAGUCCUCAAGAGAUUUGUGGAGCUAUUGGGGCCUAUUAUCACUUUCCUCUAAUAACGGGGGAACACUACAAGGAAUUUGGAGGAACAAAGAUGGCAGUGUGAUUUAGCUUUCCUUGCUGACAUUACUGCUUAUCUAAACGACCUUAAUUUGAGAUUGCAGGGAAAGAUGCAACUUGUUUCUCAGUUGACAAGUAACAUCAAUGCAUUUAUGACCAAACUAUCACUUUUCAAGUCCCACAUGCAAUCAGAGAACUUUACACACUUUCCACAUUGCAAGGCCAUGAAAGAGAAAUACCCACAUAUGAAGAUGGAUUACUCUGACCAAGUUAACACCCUCCUUACAUCAUUCAAUGAGAGGUUUGGUGAAUUCCAGAAAUACAAGAUCUACCUGCAACUUUUUUCAACUCCAUUUGAUGUGAAAGUGGAAGAUGCCCCUCCAGAUGUCCAACUUGAGUUGAUAGACAUCCAGUGCAGUGAUGAAUUGAAAUCACAGUUCAAAAAUUCUAAUCUCCUCACAUUCUACAAAGAACUGCCAGAUACAUCAUUUCCAAAACUGAAAGACAAUGCUCGAUUUUGUGCAAGCAUGUUUGGCAGUACCUAUGUAUGCGAACAAGCAUACAUAGGUACUGCCAAACAAGCUUGCAAGUUUUCGCUUAUGAAUUUAAACAAGUGCAAAACACGGAACAGGUUAACCAACGAGAAUUUGGAAAAUCUGCUGGUUGUUUCAACAUCUGCCAUUACACCAGACAUAAAGAAGAUUGCCGCCAGCAUCCAAAUCUCAGCCAUCGCAUUAAUCGCUUGGAGGUCCGGUACCCUGAUCAGUAAACUUAAACCUAAUUUGGCCCUUCUUCACAAAAGGUUGUGCAUCCCUGACAUAUGUGAAAAAAUCCAGAAGCUUCAGAAUUUAGGACACAAAAUUCUGCUUUAUUUACAUUAUUUGCCAUAUAUCUCCUGUAGAUUAUCAUUUAUUUUUUCUCAAGACAACUUUAUAUGUAUAAGCAUUUCAGUAAGCAGGAUGUUGAUAAUGAAGUCAUCAAAUGCAUUUUUAAAUUCCAAAAUGACUUUUUUUAAGUCUGAAUUAAAAGUCUAGAGGAAUAUUAGAGUUACUGAUGCUUAUAACUUUUCUCUAAAUGUCCACUAACUUCACCAACAUUUACAGUAUU